CUACACACACACACAGACGCGCGCAAGGAGAGAAGCACCAGCGCGCGCCGCCCAACGGCCGAGUCCGCCACCAGCACUUCCCCUCCCGGCCCCCCUCCCCAACCGCGCGGCCGGGGUAGGGGUAGGGGCCUGGAGGGAGGGACGGUGGCUAGUUGCGGUGUGGCCGGCGCGGCCCGAGCGGACCCGAAGGCAGCCGAAGCCGGCCGCUGAGGGUCUUCUCUCUCCCCGGCCUGACCGCGCCAGCGCGCCGGCAAUGGUGCCGGGGCGUCCGAGCCGCCAGUCGACUGACAGCUCAGCGGCCGAGCGGGCAGGGAGAGACGAGCACGAGCCAGGGAGGCGCCCCCGCCCCUCCUUCACCCGCCAUGGACGGACGUCGGGCGCCGCGACGCCUCCACCGUCUACACGUGUGCAAGACGUGUGUCGUCCGCCGCCGCUCGCGUAAAUAAUUAUACUUGUUCACGUCGCGUGUGCGUUUUUUUUUAUUAUUUAUUUUUUGUUUGUUUUUGUUUUCAACUUUAUUUACUCACCGAAAUAUUUGCGACCAGUGGUUAACUCAAGACGAAGAUAGCAGUCGUUCAACGAUCCAAGAUGAGGAUUAAGAUGCCUGCAGUAAGGAUAGCUCAAGGUAUGGAAAGUAGCUGUGAUUGAUGUUAAAGAAGAAUCGUCAGUGCGGACGCGGACAUGGCUCCCUCGGACACCCUCACCUGCGGCGUGUGCCAGAAGCCGUUCGCGCUCGCCGACAUCGUCAAGUUCAUCCAGCACAAGGUGCUGGCCUGCGGCAAGGAGGGCUACGCGCUGCGCCGCGGCGCCGGCGACAGCGACGAGGGGGAGGCGGGCGUGGUGGGCGCGCGCCGCCCCAGCAUCUCGGCGCCCAUCGGCGGCAGGAAGGCCAGCGGCGGCGGCGGCGGCGGCAGGCCGGUGUGCACGCCGCCCCCGGCGUCUCCGCGCCUGCUGGCCGAGGACCCCCCGCCUCCCAGCAGCACGCCCAAGAGGCGGGCCGGCAGCGUCAGCCCCGCCUCCAAGGGGGAAGAGCUGUCGAGGCUGCUGGACGAGGACCUGAAGCCCCGCAUCAAGCAGGAGCUGGACGUCGGCUCCAGCCCCGACGAGGCGGCCGCCAAGCGCACGAGGAUAGACGUCGCGGACGCCGAGUCCAACACCACGCACUCCGAGCCCAGCAACUACGUGUGUUCGACGUGCAAGCUGAGGCUGCACUCGGCCUGGAGGCUGGUGCAGCACGUGCAGAACACGCACGGCGUCAAGAUCUACGUGGAGUCGUCGCCGUCGUCCAGCUCGACCGGCUCGUCGUCCUCGCCGUGCACCGCCUCGUCGCUCUCGCACGCCGGCAAGAACGGCAGCAGCGGCGCCAACAACCACUCCUCCUCGUCCACCUCGUCCUGCUCCGGGUCUUCCUCGUCGUCCUCCGGCCCCCAGGUCUCCCUGCCCCCCACCCGCCUCUCCAUGCAGCCCCCUCCGCCCUCCUCGCUCGUCGACCCCCACCACUCCCUGCACGCCGCCGCCAACCCCUUCGGCGUGGGCGGCCUGCUCAGGAUGCCGCUCGGCGACCGCCACCACCACCACCAGUUCCCGCCCACCUCCAUGGCCGCGCCGCUGUCCAACCACAUGCCGCACCACCCGCCCGCCCCGGGCCUCUUCACCCGGCCUUCUAGUCACCACGAGCACCACUUCCGCAUGGAGCAGCUCGUGUCCGAGCAGUUCCGCCUCAACUCGCACCACGGCCUGGGGCUGGCGGCGGCCGCGGCGGCGGCUGCGGCGGCGGCGGCGGCAGGGGCGGUGCCCCCGCCGCACCCGCCCUUCCCCCCCGUCCCGGCCGAGCGCUCGCCCGGCCCGCUGCCCGCCGCGUCGACGGUCCCGCGGUCCGCGACCGCCGCGACGCCCGCACACGCGCUCUCCCUGGAGCCGCAGCUGGACUUCUACUCGCAGAGGCUGCGGCAGCUGGCCGGCACCACGAGUCCCGGCGCCGCCAACGGCAACUCCUCGCCCUCCCCCAGGAAGCCCAUCCUCACGCCCCCGUUCACGAGCCCCACCAGCACGAUCCCUCCCCUGAGUGCGGCGACCACCCCGAUCCUCAUGAACAAUAACAACAACAACAACAACAUCAACAACAACAACAGCGGCUCCAAUUCCAACAACAGCCACAGGCCGGAGUCCCUGUCCUCGCCCGAGAAGCAGUCUCCUCUGUCGGACCCGGUGAACAGCUCGGCAGCGCUGACGGUCACCCCGCGCUCGGCGUCCACGCCCCCCGGGAACCUCAAGCCCACGGACUUCUCGCGAGGGGCGACGGACCUGUCCCCCGGCCAAGGGGAGGAGAGGACGAGGGCCUGCGAGUUCUGCGGCAAGACGUUCCGCUUCCUCAGCAACCUGAUCGUGCACCGGCGCACGCACACGGGCGAGAAGCCCUACAAGUGCUCGGUGUGCAACCACGCGUGCACCCAGAGCUCCAAGCUGAAGCGGCACAUGAAGAUACAUCGGCGAGCGCUGCGGGGAAACGGGGGGGCCGGUGGCGAACUAGGGACUGCUGCGAACAAUACCACUGGGGGCAGUGCCAAUUCGACACCGGACAAUAUCUUAAAUACUGGUUCAGUGGACACUCUCGAUGAUGACCUGGACGACGAUCUGGACGACGAUGACGAGGACGAGGAUGACGAGGAAGAGGAUGAAGAGGAGGAUGAGGACAUGGAGCUCGAGGAUGAGGACGGCGACGACGAUGACGACGACGACGACGAAGGCGGCGAUGCCCCUGAAGAUCUCACGACCAAGUCGACGUCUUCGACCCCACCGAACAAUAACGGCUCGGGUGACACGAACAACAAACCCACCACCCCCAGGCCCACUCCGGCACCCACGCCUCUCGAAAAGCUAGCGUCCUCGGGUGGUUCGCUGGUCGGGGAGUUCAUGGACAAAUUCGGCCUCACAAACAUUCAGCAGUACAGUGAAGCCUAUAAGCAGGCUCUGCAGGAAUCCGUGGUAAGUCCUCACCACCUGCACUUGAACCACAAAGACGACCCACUCCACAGAUCACCCAUCAUCUCAGAUAAUAACAAUGCAGUGAAAAUAGAAUCUCACAUGUCAAAAAACUUGGAAAACGGAAUCCUGGACAAAUCGGCGGCAGCCAUGAGAUUCCGUGAAGAGUUUGCAAAAAACAUCAUAGCCGCCGGACAGCCGCCCCUCGACCUGAUCGGUGCCCCUCACGGGUUGUUCGGAUCCGGAACAACGUUCGACAACCCGUUCGAGGCCGCGAACAAGCGCAUGAAGCUGGAGCUGGAGAACCACCACCACCACCACUCCAACCACCACGCCACGUCGCUCGGUCGAGGGUCGGUUGUCAGCAACGACAGGGACAGCUUGUACGCCGGUCUGUGGCUGCCCGCCAUGGCGGCAGCCCACCACAGAGACCACAUCUUCGGCGGGGACACGGCGGCGGCGAUGGACCUGCUCGCCAACCGCUCCUCCAAGUCGAUGGAGAGCGCCCUCCUCAAGGCGGCGGGCAACAACUGCUCCAAGACGGGACCCAGCGCGUCGUCCCUGGCCGCCGCCGCCGCCGCCGCAGCGGCGCUCAACCUGGGGCUGCCCUCUCCCGGCAGCCAGCUGUCCAUGAAGAAGGACAGCAAGCGCAACGACACGUGCGAGUACUGCGGCAAAGUGUUCAAGAACUGCAGCAACCUGACGGUGCACCGCAGGUCGCACACGGGCGAGAAGCCCUACAAGUGCGAGUUGUGUUCCUACGCGUGCGCGCAGAGCUCCAAGCUCACCAGACACAUGAAGACGCACGGCCGGCUCGGCAAGGACGUGUACCGCUGUCGGUUCUGCGAGAUGCCCUUCUCCGUGCCGUCCACGCUCGAGAAGCACAUGCGCAAGUGCGUGGUGAACCAGAACAGUAAGGUGGGCGGCGGUCACAUGCUGCCCGUCUACAUCAAGGACGACACCGAGGACUCCAGCGUGUCAGCCUCCAAGGACGGCACAUGACUCUUCCCUUGGGGAGGAUUUCGGCACCUCCCGCUGCAGAGCAUCUACUGACUCGAAGCCACGCCCCCUCCGAGGGCGCCGUGGACUUACGACCCUGUCUUCGGCUGCAUGCCGUUCCGCAGAUAGGCCGACGUCAGCACGACAUAGCACUGCGAUACCCCCUAACUGUCAACCCUCUGCUCAUACCGCAAAUUACAUUCACAAGAUGACUUAAAUUGAGAUAUCUGACGGAGAUUUAUAUCAUAUUAAGCUAGGUUCAGGAUCCGGCUUCCAAAUGUUAUUAGCUAUGCAUUGUUGGUUUUUUAUUUUUAUAUAUAGAAUGGGGAUAAUCACACGUGCUUUAAAAUGCGUGUGAUUAAUAAAUUAGUAUAUUUGUUAACACAUGAUAGAUCAUGUUUAACACAAACGUACAUCUUUAAAUAAUUAAGAAUAUAAUCUGUACGUUGUUUAAGAUUAUCCUACUACUUACAUGAGAUAAAAAAAUUAUGUUUUUGUCAGUUAUUAAGACGGAAGGAAAAUAUUAGUAAGGCUACUAGUUUAUUAAUAAAACUGAUUUACUUGAAUCACAGUGCAUUGGUGUACAGAUUCGCGCGUAUUAUUUUAAUGCUGAAAUAUUUGUGUAAUUUUUAUAGCACUCAUUAUUGUUAUCUCAAAUGUGAUUUCCAGUCAUGAGCAAGGUGUUGAAAUAACAACUCAGAACCCAAAAACUUUAUUGUAGCUCCGUUAAGGCACAUUAAGGCGAGCAAAAUUCCUUUAUCAAGUGAGCCAGCGUAUAACUGGUUGUGUAACUAAAAUAUUGUACCACCGAAUAAGUGAAGACAGUUGUAAAGAAUUCAUAAUGUAUACAAACUAUAAAUAAAUACUUCUUGUACUAACUAUAUCAUGGUGGGAAACGUUAAUACUGAAAUUCUGUUUUGUGGUUCCAUAAACAUGUUUUUUCACUACGAAUAUACCCUUUUUAGGCAGUAGCAUAGCAUUAUUGUUGGAGGUUUGAUUUAGCCAGCAGAAAUGAAUUUUUUUUUAAACUGUGAUUAUACAUAAUUAAGGUCCUCUAGAACUUGAGCCGGCAAACAAUAAACUUACAGUUUCACAACUAUAGCCCUUGCUGGUAUAUUUCCUAAUUAUAUCGGUUUUCUUUUCCUCGUUACAAUGAAAACAUUCAUCUACAGUUGUAUUUAUCGAUAUUAAAUUGGUUUUACUAUGAAUUUAUUCGUAGGUAGACAUAUUGAUUUUAUCCUUUCAAGAAGUUAAUUUGUUUACAGACACUGCUAUAGUUUUUGACUCUUAAGUUUAUCUUAAUUCGGCUCAGCAAGUUUCUAACUAACCCAUAAGCUAUGCGGUAUAGUUUCAAAUUUGUGCUCAAAUAAUAGAUGCUUUGAAAACCAUGUGUUUGUGGGUAUAGGAAUGGAAAAUAUUAUUUUAUUUCUGUGGUGUAAAUUAUUUAUUGGAUAUGAUUGUAAGGAUUUAGAUAAUUUAAACUAAACAACUAAAGCUACUGAAAUUUUAGCUUAUUUUAUUAUACAUACAUUUUUGUAAUCCAAAAUUAUACAAUAAAAUGUUUUAUAUGUAUGAGUAAUGCAAUACAUAACUGACUCAUGCAGUACCCGAGAAUUGGCGAACAUACAAUUAAUGACUAAUAACCGGCAGAAAUGUUUGUGUUUGCAUAAUGUGACUGAAGCCUUAGAUUAUGCCUAUUUUGUGAUUGCAAAUUGCAACUUUCAGUCUCAGAAUGGACUUUCUGAAUUUGACAGAAUAUGCUAGCUUGAAGGUAAUCCAAAACAACUAUAGUCUAAAUGUUCUUCGGUAACUAUCCCUUAACAAGGUUUAUCAUAAGGUACAUUUAAAUACUAUAGGCUUUUGUCGUGAAUUGUUGCCUGUAGUUUCAGGAUAUAUAAAAUUUAAGACAUGGUAUUAAAUAGCAUUCUUAUUCAAAUGUAUAAACAAAAAUAAUGUUUUCAUAAAAUGUAAAAUUGCAACAAAAUACUUCUUUCAUUCUAAUUUUAUUUGUUAUUUAAUCACACAAAAAUUACCGGAUAAAAUUUAUCUUGAAGCCAUAUAAUUGCAAUGUAAGGUAAUCUUUUUCGUAAAGUUACACUUUUAAUGAGGGUAAGUAGAGUUUUUAUUUCGACUGUUCUGUUUUUUGGAUGA